CACCUGAACUUCCCUCGCCUGCCCACUCUAUCAGCUGGUGCCCUGGCCUAGGCUCCCUGUCUGAGCCGGGGAGGGGGAGCACAGGUUAUACCGCCAGCAACCUUCUCAUCCCUGGGAGGCUGCUCUCCCUGCACCUCAUGCCCUGCACCCAUCUACCUGCCCACGGGUGACUCUAGGCUUCUGGCUUCAGUGUGAGUGCGAGUGAAUGGGAUCCUUAAGGACCAUGGGACCUGCGCCCGAGGGGAGCCAGCUGCCUGGCUCCUGGAUGAACUGCAGGGCUCAGCACCCAUCAGGGCCAGUGUGGUCGCUGCUACGCAGGGUGCUCGGAGCUGGCCUGGCUAGUGGCAAUAUGGGCCCUAGCCAGGACUGGGGUAAGAAUGAUGAGAAGCUCCUACAAGCUGUGGACUACAAUGACCCCGAGAAGGUGUCAUCUUUGCUCCUGCGCAAGGGCCUGGUCCCCACCAAACUGGACUCGGAAGGCAAAUCUGCGUUCCACCUGGCUGCAAUGAGGGGGACCGUGGACUGCCUGGAGGUGAUGCUCGCUCAUGGAGCCGACCCCCUGGUCACAGACCGCUCAGGGUACAAUGCGCUCCACCUGGCGGCAAAACACGGCCACCCACAGUGCGUGAGCAAACUGUUGCAGGCAUCUUGCCCGGUUGAUGGAGCUGACAGCAACGGUCGGACGGCGCUCCACUAUGCAGCUGUCAGCGGCUGCAUCUCAUGCUCAGAGAUUCUCUGUGAUUUCAAGGCCUCCUUGAAUGCCAAGGACAAGGAUGGCUGCACUCCGCUGAUCCUGGCAGCUAAGAUGAGGCACUCAGAGUUGUGCCGGUACCUGCUGCAUCGCGGAGCUGCUGUGAACAGCAGAGACCUGCAAGGCAGAACAGCCCUGAUGCUGGCCUGCGAGAUCGGCAGCGCGGAGACGGUGGAAAUCCUCGUCCAUGCCGGGGCCCGGGUCGGCAUGGUGGACGCCCGAGGUCAGGACGCAGCUGGCUACAGCCUGGCCACGGGGAACGCCUUGAUCCAGCACUACCUGCAGGACGCCUCCCAGCGCCACUCCUUGGCCAGCGAAGAGGAGUCGGCUGAGCGGACGUCCCAGACGUCAUCGCCGAGCCAGCCCCUGCUCACCGAGAGGAACAGCAGCCCGCGAAAGAGGAAGGCCCCUCCGCCGCCCCCGGGGACCGCCAGCCAGCACGUCCCCUGCUCUCCGGAGCACAGUUCCCCUUCCACAGAGCCGAGCAGCCGGAUAGUCACCGCCAAGCCUGCCAGGGCUCGGCCUGGCCCUGGCAGGGUGUGGGAUUCCCCCCAGGAGGACAGGGAGGCCUACGAGGAGAUCGUCCGGCUGAGGCAGGAACGGGCUCGGUUCCUGCACAAGAUCAAGGGCCUGGAGCAUCAGCAGGAGAAGCAGAAACGGGAGCGGCUGGGGGUGGAGGAGGGCUCCCUACGCUCCAUGGAGAAGCAGGUAGGCCAGGUCUCUGGACCCGGAGAGCUCCGGACGUUCUCUGAGAUGGGGUGGGAAGGGAAAAUGGCUUUGUGCAGAUGCACCGAGAAGGAGAACACCAGCUACGACAUCGACACACUGCAGGACGAAGAGGGCGACCUGCUGGAGUUCCCAGGGGCAGAGCUGCUGCUGUCCAAGAAGACCCUGAGUCUGUCCGCGGAGGAGCUGGUGGCCACGCUCCAGGGCCAGGUGCAGUCGCUCACCUUGCAGAACAAGGAGCUGCUGGAGAAGAUACAGAUCCUGGAGAAUUACGAGAAAGAUGAGAGCGACAUGGUCCUGUCAGAAGAGCUCGUCCCCGUCGCCCUCUACGAUUCCCUCCGGUCGGAGUUCCAGCGGCUCCAGGGCCAGCACGCCGAGGCCCAGGCUGCAUUGGGAGCUCUGGAAGGCAACGGGCCCCACAGGGCCUCCUGCGAGCUCGUCCCGGUGGAGGCAUACGAGCAGCUGAAGGCUGGAUACGAGGCGCGGAUCCAGGCCCUGGAGGAGGCGCUACACAGGAGCCGGGGCCCAGCCGAGCCCGAGGGGAGGGGCCAGGAGCUGGGCUGGGCCGGGGUGGAGGCAGGCGGAAGCAGUGGGGAAGGAGGAGCUGGAGAUGCGGCGGUGGAGGAGCUGGCCAGCGUGCUGGCAGAGACGCGGGAGAAGUACGAGGCGGCGGUGGCCGAGGUGCAGCUCCUGCGGGAGCAGAUGCAGCUGGGCAUCCUGUCUGUGGAGGAGCCGGUGGGGGAGAGUGCCGGGAGCGAGCUGGAGAUGGCGAGGGCGGCUCUGCAGGAGGCCCAGGCGGCCCUGUUGGAGAGAGACCAGAGGCUGAAGGACCUGGAGGGGCGCCUGGAGGCCCAGGAAGAGGCGUCCAGUGGCGGUUGCUGCGCCGAGGAGAUGAAGGCGUCCCUCACCUUUACCUUGGAAGCCGCCACUGAGGAGAGGGCCGCGCUGCUGGCGAGGUGCAGCCAAGCGGAGGCCGGAGCAGAGGAGCUGAGGAGGAACCUGGAGGAGAGGGCCGGGGAGCUGCAGCAAGCAAUGAGCCGCCUGGCAGAGAGCCAGCAGUGGGAGGAGGAGAGCCGGCAGCUCCGGGAGCAGCUGGAGGAGCUGAGCGGGCAGUACGAGGAGGCGCGGGCCCGGCUCCGGCAGCUCCACAUGGAUCACGGAGAAGCGGAGGCCGGAGCAGAGGAGCUGAGGAGGAACCUGGAGGAGAGGGCCGGGGAGCUGCAGCAAGCAAUGAGCCGCCUGGCAGAGAGCCAGCAGUGGGAGGAGGAGAGCCGGCAGCUCCGGGAGCAGCUGGAGGAGCUGAGCGGGCAGUACGAGGAGGCGCGGGCCCGGCUCCGGCAGCUCCACAUGGAUCACGGCCAGAAGGAAGUGGAGCUGAACGCCCUGAAGGAGCAGCUGGCCUCUGAGAGCCUCUCCAGGCAGGAGCAGGAGGAGCUGGCAGGGAAGCUGAGCGGGGCGCUGGCCGAGGCCAGCAAGAAGCUGCUGGAGCUGGAGGAGCAGCAUGGCGCUGCCCGGCGGGAGGUGGCGGAGCUGCAGCAGGCGGCGGAGCGCCACAGGCGGGAGUCGGUCCCGCUGGCCGAGCACGCCCGAGCCAAGGAGGCCCUGGAGGCCAGAGCCCGGCGCCUGGAGCAGGAGCUGGCUGCCAAAGCCCAGGAGGCCUCGCAGCUGCAGGGCGAGCUGGCCAGCAUGCGGGAGGGCACGGUGCCCAGGGAGGAGCACGAGCAGCUGCGGAGCAGCCUGCAGGCCGAGGUGACCGCGCUGAGCCUGAAGCUGAGCGACCUGGGGCGCAAGCACGAGAAGACGUGCACGGAGGUGUUCCAGGUGCAGCGCGAGGCCCUCUUCAUGAAGAGCGAGAAGCAGGCGGCCGAGGCCCAGCUGGCCGCCACGGAGAAGCAGCUGCAGAGCCUGCGGGCCGAGUCCGAGAGGAUCCAGGAGCUGCACGGCCGCAUCGAGGACUCGGCCAACCUGGUCAAGGAGAAGGACAGGAAGAUCACGGAGCUGUCCAAGGAAAUCUUCAGGCUGAAGGAGGCUUUGACCAGCCUGUCUGUGCUCUCUGGCCAGGGGGGAACCCCGCCCCAGGCAGCCCCGCAGAACCCACAGGAGGUGGCAAAGCUGCAGAGCACAAUAAAGGCCCUGGAGCAGCAGCUGGCCGAGACAGAGAAGCACCAUCGCAAGGUCGUCUCCCUGUACCGGAGCCACCUGCUCUGCGCCAUUCAGGGCCACAUGGACGAAGACGUGCAGAGACUCUUGUACCAGAUCCUGAUGAUGCAGCGGCUGCAGGAGCAAGGCAGAUGAGCGCCCAGGGCGAGGGAGCACGGCCCAGUGCCCGCCGGGGUGGACUCGCACACAGCACCCGUGGCCCGCCGGCCCUUUUUGCCCACCCCUCCUCGCCCAGCGCAAGGCCUGCAUGGAUCGGGUGACCACGGGGGGUGGCGCCUUUGUACCUUUGCACCCAGCUCCUGGGCCGUGUGUGCUGGGAGGUGCCUCAUGGCAGGGCCAGGGCUCACUCUGCCCUCUCCUUGGGGCAUUGACCUCCGCAGCCUCUGAGGGGCCAGGGGAGGCAGGCACCGGGCCGGGACACAGCACGGACCGGCGUGGCUCCGUGGGCAGCAGGGGGCCGUGCAGGGGCGAAGCAGCGUCACUCACCAGCUCCUGCCUGCGUCUCUCGGCAGAGCAGCCACAGCAAUAAACCGUUUGUACUCACUCUGCAGAGGCUGGCCG